AUUGCUUUGUCGUCAUCAAAAUGGACGGCAACAAGGAUGAAAGUGAGAGAUGUCUCAACAUUGCUGUGGGAUACAUUGCUUCGGGACAGAAAGAGAAAGCUACAAAAUUCCUGAUUAAAGCCCAGAAGCUUUACCCUUCAAAAAAAGCAACAGGUAUUAACGCUGGAUCCAAAAAUAAUUAAUAAUUGAGUUGCUGAUGUAUGAAAAUAAACUGAGAGAGUGUGACUGUGGAGUGGUAGUGGUAGACCUGCUAUUUUGAACAAAGUGACCCCCACUACCACACAAUAAGUCCGUCUUACUGUAUAUAAUCAUUAGCCCUCCCUCUCUCGUUUUACUUAGCAUAAAUCAUUCAUCUUAGGCGCAAUGGCAUAUGAAAAAAAAAAGGAAAGGGGGGAGGGGGGAGGUCUAAAAUUAGUGCUGACCAAUCAUGGACCACAUUAGAUACUUUGGUCAAAAAUGUUAACAUUUUUUAAAAAUAAACCAAUGGCACAGUUGAAUAGAGCUAAUUUUAAACAUAAUUAUAACACCAAAAUCAUAUUUUUAGCUGUUGUAGUUUUAAAGUUAUGAAUUUUUAAAGUACGACUUGGUUUGUCAUUUUUUAACAUAGACUGCAUCUCCACAUUCUGUGACCUCAUUCCACUGAUCGCGUCAUGCGCAAUGACUAUAUAGUUUAUAUAAGGCAAUGCAUUCCCUUAUCACUAAAAUACUGUUUAGGGUCGACUUAUUUUAAACUUUCAACUUUGGCACAUGAAUAAUUAAUAAAAGCUUUCCCUGACCAAUGGUUUAAUAGCUUUUGCACACGGCAAACUCUUAUGAAUGAAACUCUGAGAUAGUACUACGACGUAGCCGUUAUGCAAGUGGCUGUGAAUGGUUGCCAAUGACAACGUGUUGCACAGGGAAAAUUCUGAUCAUUUAUAAUAUGGACUCUGCAGGGUUUUUAAAGCUCAAAUUAAAACAUUUCCAGUUUAAAUGUCUUCAAAAUGCAUUCUGAAACACAAAAUAUAAAAUAUUUUGAUGUAUAUAGUGGUAAUAAUUAAAUAUUUCCUAAGUAUCGGCAACUUCCGCCAUUAAAAAGGGGGCGUGGCCCACGCCAUGUCGAAAUUAGGCUGAGCCACCUUAUGGUGAUAUGGGUCACUGUGACAAGUGUAACAAACGUGAGACACGACCUACAUCAAUGAAACUUGGCACAGAUAUAGAUCAAUAUCUAAUGCUCAUACAGAUUUAAUCAAAAAGGACCUUAUCUUAUUAUUUCACAAAAAAUUUUGUAUGCGAAGAUGCCUUAUAUAUACCAAAGAUUUUCAAAAUAAAGGUCGAUUGAAAAAAGCAAAAUAGCUGGCUAGAAAUGUAGGCCAAGAUGUCUUCCAAAUUAUAAGGCCGGAAACGGAACUCAAAUAUAUGUGGAAAGAACUAAUUUAAUAAUAAAUAGACACACACAUCGGAAAAUUAAAAACUCGGAUUUUUCUGCGCCGACGCCCAUUUCCGAUACAAAAAAAAUAGUAGUCUCCCUUCUUUCAUCGAAGUAUCUAGACCACAUAUUUGCAUACUGCAUACCAUCAGUAUUCAGUAUGACACAGUAUGUGAUGAUCAUCAAUAAAUGAUCUCGCGUAUGUGGCCGAUUUCCCCCACCCCCCAUUUCUCCGUCAUCUCUCACAAAUGUUAAACCACAGUGGAACCACCACCAGCUCUACUCUGGAAAACCUUGCUCUAAAGCGCAGAGCUCCGAUAUCAUUCCUUCUUCUUCACCCAUAGCCCAACAAAGGUUUCAUAUCAAUACCACAUUUGAGAGCCACGUCUGUGGUUACCUGGUCCAUGGGUGGCUUGGACAUAGGUCGCUCUUUGAUGUUGGUGGCAUCCUAUUAUAUUGAGACUCGACACUUUGUGUCUUUUGACCAGGCUCGUUGUUUUACACGCUUUCUUUAGUCAACUUCUCACGCAGCAACACUAAAACUCCAGUGUUUUCAUUCUUAGAUAAUGAUGUAAAGCCAAGUUCUCUGUCACUCUUGGUCAAAUAACUUGAUUCACAAGUUAAUACUGAUCGUGUGUAUCCCCUGCCUUGGUCGGUAAUGAACUUCUAAUCCUCCCCCACAAAGGCUUCAAGGGACUGUCCAUGUAUUCCAAAAGCACUAUGGGAAAGGGGGAAAAGAGCAGGUGUAAUGUUGUUCAUAAGUGUCAUUAUAUUACAACCACCGGACAAAGAUUGUCAAAAAAAAUACAACAUUGGAGACCCAUUAGAAAAGAGAAGCACUGGAGGUAUAUCAUUAGGAAAUAUUUUAUUUCAAAACUUGUUUUGUUCCUGGUACAUUUAUGUGUGUGUGUAGGGAGGUGGGAAGGUCUGAGUUAAACAAUUGGCUAAUAAUUCAUCGUAUGACCCCAGUGUAAGCUGAGGCCUCUGAAUCUGACUUAAUGGUCUAUUAUUAUUUUAUGGAAAUAAGGAAAACAUUUAUAAUUAUGGGAAAAUGUGAACAAAAAGUUAAAAAAGAAAUAGAUAUAAACAUAUCAAACACAUACCUGAAAUUUAGUAUCUGAGAGCAUGAGGAAUGUUGCAGUCCUAUCAGAUACUACAUUUCAGCUAAGUGUUAUUUUUUAAAAUUUAAAUCUGGUUUUACUGUUGUUUUUUCACUGAUUAAUGUUUCUUUGCGACUCAUUCAUUGCUUUGUUGCGUUAUUUUAUUAGGUUUACUCAUACGUUGUUUCACUCAUUUCCAUUGUUCUAACCUGAUUCCAGUCUAUCUCCCUUCUUACCAUAUUAUUUUUUAACCUUAGUUUAACGGUAAAAAUAUUGCUUUUGGUCUGAGACUGGGAAAAAAACGGAAAAAAUCUGGCCACUCAUCACUGAAUAGACAAUAAACAAAAUUAUCAAUUGACUAAUUUUUUUUAAACACAUGUUUUUUUUAAAUCCCAGAUUAAAACGAAUGAAAAUACAUGACAAACUAAUUGGAAAAGAAUAAAUACAUGUUACAGUAACCAUUAAAGUGUUUUAAUGUAGUUCCAUCAGGUUAAUAGGAAGUUUUUAAUUUGUUUCACUAGAAAUAAUUCAUCGCGCUAAAAUAUGGAAUUACCGAGUUUCAUCGUAAGAUUCUCUCCCUUUGGUUUAUUCUUGGAUUAUAACUAGAGUUAACUUUUCUUUUUUUAAACAUUAAUACGGAGUAGGAAUGUAUUAAAUUAUAAUUUCAUUGGGUGGCUAAUUAUAAUUAUAAUAUUUAAAUUUUCCUGCAUUUUUGGAAAAUGGGUAUUGUAUUGACAAUUCUGAACCAAGAUGGCGGCCAUGAGAAAUGAGUGGAGCUUCGAAAUAACAUUAACCGAAGCUACUACCCAGUCACUGAAACCUGUAAAUUUAAUAGCCAAUAAUAGCGAACUCUAAAAUAGCACCGUCCCUGUCAUGUCAUUUAUGCAAAUUCACCUACAGUACAGAUCGAUAUCUUAACAAAAACGCCUUGAAAUUUCACAAAUCCAGUCAAAAAGUAAAAGGGGACAAAAUCUUAUUUUUUCCCGGCAAAUACUGCAUACCAUGCCGCAUUGGCACUGAAUAAGGUUAGGGAGUGAUGCAUACCUUUUGCUUGGCCAUUCAGUCUGCUUCAUUGCUGUGUUUUUCUAAAAUCAUGAUGAAAAAAAUAUGUUGUCCGCAUGUUUUCAGAAGAUGCUGUGAUACUGAGGGUUGUGAAUGGACAGUGGGUAUAAUGUGUACAUUUCACCAACACACAGUUAAUCCAAAUGUGUUGGUUGGCAAUAGGGUUGUGACAAGUCUAUAUGAUUGAGUUUCUCAUGUCAAAUUCAUUCACCCAUUCAUAAGUCAUUAAAGCCGAACACAGGUCCUAUUCCAAGAAAAAUGUAAACUUUGAUCCAAGUUAUCUAUCACCUGGUCCUACAAUAAUUCAAACACAGAGCACAGCUUGCUAGAGGAAUACAAUACAACCUUCUCACUCAAUGCGCAGACAGCAACUGCCAAACAAACAGCACAUACUCAAAGACUGUCUUGACACUACUUCACAGAUACAAAAAAUCUUGUGAUGAAUGCAUCACAAGCCUCAAUGCGCCAAAAACUUUCAUUAACGAAACUAAAAUUCAAGAUACACUGUACACAAGAAAACACAAAAUUCUAUGCGCAGCCAUUAAAAGUCAAUAUCCAUGCUCCACAGGUUUCCCACCCAGUAAUGUAACUCUCAAAUCUAGUGCUUUUUUAUUGUAUGAACAUUGCAUCUAAAAGUGAUUAUAAUCAACUGAAAAUUCAACAGAGAAAUUCAAUACUCCUGUUUCACCUAUGUAUGAAGAUUUGAAAUCUGCACUAAAAACCGCUCACUCUAGUUACAUUUUAUUAUAAAAUUUUAGUGGACGUUUGUAAAUUUUACAUUAAGCUUUAUUUGUCUUAACUUUCACAGACCUUCUAAAUUCCUUACAACACACUUCAAAUGGGGAUGCUAAUGUUGGUGAUUCGAGCCAUGUGGGCAGUGCAAAACCCGGUCACUCUAAAUGGUCCACAGAAAAAGAGGAAAACAAAGAAACUAAAAUUGUGGCGGAGUAUACUCCUGAACAGUUAGCAUCUGUGAAAAGGUACAUUGUAUUGUACAUUUUAUAUCCGUAUCUGCCUUACUGCAGACUCAUUUUAUACAUCUGAUUUGUAUAAGAGACUUUUUAAAAAUAGUACCCAUAUCAUUAUUAUUAUUCUGUUACUGUAUUUCAACGCAUACAGAUGUCACCAUGUCAUAUAUUGAAAAUGAAUGCUUACUUGUCAAUUAAUAAAAGGAUUAAUCACUUUUUUUUAAAUCUACAUAUUACAUACUGUAGAAUCUUUUAAGUAUAAUAUGCUCUGUGUUAGGAUAGAACAGGAAUGGCCAGCCAGAUGUAUCACAAAUUAUGAAUUUCUUUCUUCAUUCAAUUUGCCCUUAACUGAUUAGCUAACACAUUUAAAUAGUCAUGUAUGGCUUAAUUAAAUGUAGUUGACAUUUUUCCACAUGCAUAUCUAUGUACAAAUUCAGUUGCCAUUUUCUUAUUUAUUAAAAUAUUUGUAAAAGUAUUUAGUUUUUUGUAGAUAAAUGAAUUUUCUGUAAGAUAAAACUAAAACACAUUAUUGUUAGACUCUAAAUUAUUAUAUACAAGAGAGAAACGUUCAAAAACUAUAAAAAUGUUUGAGCUUGCCUUCAAGUUAUGAAUUUCCAAAACAUUUAUUACUUCUAAUAUUAUUAGUAAUAAUAUCUGUAAUUACAUCUACACCAACUUAGAAAAGGUUUCCAAAUUUAGACAAUUCCACAAAUUAAUAAACAUAUCUUCAAUUUAUUUACAGUAUAUUUGGUUUUGGUAACCUUAUCUUUAGUUGCCAUGAAAAAUACUUGUGAUCUACCCUCAAAAUACAAAUAAAUAUGACAAAAAUACAUUUUUUUUCAUAUCCUGACUGUCCCCUGUGUUGUUUUAAAUUAUUUUCCUAUCUGUAAAUUAAAAUCUUAAACCGAAGUGGAAGUAAGAAUACAAAUAUUUUAAAAUUUUCACUAUGAAAAAAACCAUACCUGCACAGCCGCUCAUGGUCAUGAUAGAAGGAAUUUUAGCUCUACCUGCGUCUUAUGGUAGUAAAUCAGUUAAUUUCAUUCUUGCUAUAAACUCUUAUUUGAAAUUAAUGAACUAUAUAAAUCUGCAGUGCUUUUUUUUGUGAUGGCAUGGCCUACCCACUCCUUUUUAGGACUAUUUUUCCUAUUUAGUUUAGAAUGAUUUACCAGGAAUUCAGGUAUACAUCCCUGCAUUCUAAAUUUAUAAAACAUUUCACUGAGACCCCCCUCCCCCACUUUUGAUUGGGAGCCUUCUGUUGUCGCUCUCAAUUUAUGAUUCUCCCUUCCUCCGGUAAACAUAGUGACAGCAGUGGCACCUUUUAAUCUACAAUAAAAUGCUAUAUAAAUAGCUCUUAUGUAUCUUUUGCUUCUGGUGUGUAUGCUUCCUUUUCACAACCGACCAUGCCCUUACGCAACAUUUUUUAUAAUAUAAUAGUACUGAGAGCAAAAAAAAGAAAAAAAGCUGUCACGUAGCGAGUGUCAUCCGUGUCAGUUAAAAUCAGGUUAUUAGAGAAGGCAUUUAUUAUAUUAAUCAAGAAAGAGCGGGCAGGUAGGGUGUAGGAUUGUCUGUAGGACUGUCUGUAGGCCCAUUGUUUAAAGGCCGGCAGGUAGGGUGUAGGAUUGUCUGUAGGCCCAUUGUUUAAAGGCCAGCAGGUUAGGGUUUAGGACUGUCUGUAGGCCUAUUGUUUAAAAGCCAGCAUAUAUUAUUGAAAAUGAAAAGUUAAUUUUUUUUGUGUGUAAAGCAUGGACACACUCAGUAUUUUCUAACAAAAACUGCACCUGGUUUAGCCGUAGUAUAUCUUUAUUAAAGAGUUACAUCUCAAUUAAAUCUAUACAAUUAAUUAAUGUAAUUAUUUAUGUGUGUAGGUGGCACAUGUAAAUGUGUUAUCACCUAAGAAUUAUAUGCAUUAAUAAUACAUAAAUAAUUAUGCACAACAUCAAAUAGGUAUUUAUUUUAUAUGAUGGGUGUAAUGACAAUCAAAUGACCCAUGAAAGCUUUUGGGUUUUUCACCCCUGGGUUCAGAAGUUGUUGGAAAAAUGUAUAAUCCAAACUCUAGUUACUCUACUGUGUGUAGUGAAUGGAUUGCACUUCUCAUAAUUGUUUGCGUAAACUGAGAAUUUUAUUUUUAAGUGCUUUUACAAUGCAGAUUUUAACAACAUUAAAUAAAAUAAUAAUAUAAAGAUAAUAAGAAUUAUCUGUUUCAGUGGAGUACCAAACUUUUAUUUUUACAUGUUUCACAUAGUCGGUGAAUAUUUGCUGAUGCUAUAACACAAAAACAUUUUUAUACACAAAUGCAUAAUAAUUUAUUGCUUGCUUAAAAUUGUUUAUUAUUGCGAUGUUUAGUUUUAAGGCAUUUCCAUGCCAGUUAUGAACCACAUUUUAUAUCCAUGUUGAAUAAUGGCAUUAAGUAUCUUUUCUAAAUUUGCCUGACAACACCUUUAAAAUAAUCCUUUAAGGAAGGCUGUUCAAGAUCUGAUUCAGGAGGCUGUGUAGCAGUGACCCUCAGUGCCUUUAUCAUUCAGUACAUUGACAGCAAAAACAGUCUUUUAACUUUCCUUUCCUAACUUAUUUUUUUCUUAUUAUUUAAAUAGAUGUUAUUUUUCUUACCACCUGCAGGAUAAAUAAUUGUAAAGAUGUUUACCAAGUAUUGGAGUUGGCUAAAGAUUUCACUGAAGCAGACUUAAAGAAAGCAUACAGAAAGUUGGCCCUUCAAAUGCAUCCAGACAAAAAUAAAGCUCCUGGUGCGACAGAGGCAUUUAAAGGUUGUUGAACAAAUCCAUUCAUUUCAUCCCACAUUUUUCACAUCAUUUAGUGGUUUAUUAUUAUUUUUUUUUUUUUUUUUUAAAGUACAGUGGAACCUCUCAUAACGAGCAUAAUUCAUUCCAGAAUCUUACUUUAAAAUCCAUUCAUUUCAUCCCACAUUUUUCACAUCAUUUAGUGGUUUAUUAUUAUUUUUUUUUUUUUUUUAAAGUACAGUGGAACCUCUCAUAACGAGCAUAAUUCAUUCCAGAAUCUUACUUGUUAAGCGAAAUACUCGUUAAACAAAACAAUUUUUCCCAUAAAAAUCAAUGUAAAAUACAAUAAUGCAUUCCAUGCUGAAAAAAUACUCAUUUUUCCAAAAAUUUUAUUAACAUUUAUUCAAAUAAAAUUACUUAUGAAUUGUUGUGUAACAACAUGGCAUACAAUCAAGAUUUGAAACAAAAAACGUAAAUAAAAAUAUGAAUUUAUGACAAAUAAUUAAUCCAUUUUAACUAGAAAACUGUCUAAAAGACAUAUGUUUUUGCCGACGCUUCAAAAUUUGACGAAAACGUGUCACAGCAUUAUCAUUGAAUAAAUUUGUAGCACGAAUAGCCACCUCCUUUAUAGGGUGAGGCUUCUCAAUGUACGAUGCAACAGCUUCCUAUGUUUUCAGCAUUUCUCUUAUUGCGCUUGCAGAUUGUUGCUCUGCUACUUCCUCCUCCAUUAAUGAGCUCUCCUCCAUAAUUUCUUGCUGAGAAACAUGAUGCAACUUCAUAAGCUCUUUGGUGGUCAACUCUUGACUGUGCUCUUUCACAAGUUCUUCAAUAUCGUCGUUGUCCACCUCAAGUCCCAUGAUAUUGGCCAAUGACACAAUCUCGUUAACUGUAGACUCCACAGGUACUGUUUGAAAAUCACGUUCAACAACACUCUCUGGCCAAAGUUUUUUCCAAGCAGAAGUGAGGGGAAAAGGGACUUCCCCUUUCUGCGUAACUCGUUAUGCGAAAUGUCGCUCGUUAAGGGAGCAACUUCUUCACAUUUUUUUUUGCUCGUUAUGAGAGGUUCCACUGUAUAUUCAAAAGUUAGAUCUAGUUAUUAGUACAUUCACUUCAGACUACAUUUAUUGCAAGAUGUAUAAUAUAAUAUUUCUGUCUUGAAUACUUUCUCCCUUUAGAGGGUUAAUUUUUUAACAUAAAAUUUUAAUUCUUAUAUAGAAAUGAUUUGGAUAAUUGUUUUUGUAUUGUUCAGUGAUAUGCAAUUGUUAAUAUUUUUAAUUGAUGUUAUUGAUAUGCAGCUAUCGGGAAGGCUUACAGCAUCCUCAGUGAUAAAGAAAAACGGAGACAAUAUGACUUGUAUGGCCCUGAAAUGCAACCUAGCAGGCCGUCCCGGGAAGAAGAUUAUUCACAUGGCUUUGAAGGUAAUACAUAUUUUUUUUAAAGUGAUAAAAUGUUAUUUACAUCAGUUUUUAGUACACUCACAUACACACAACCAAGGAACUGAAGAACUCUAUGUUCUGUCAUUUAAACAUUGUUAUGGAUUGUAAUGCUUUUUGUAAAAUAGUUGGCUGGGUUCUAAUUGUUGAAUUUCCUUUGGCAAUAAUUCUAAGCUUUUAAUGCAAUCCAUAUUUUUCUUUUAAAGGUGACAUAUCUCCUGAAGAACUGUUUAAUAUGUUCUUUGGAGGGACUUUUCCAUCAGGUAUGUACUAAACUAAUUAUUUGUGAUUCUUUUAUUUGUAUUUUGCUAGGUCUGUUUCUCUCAUAAUAUAGAAUAAACAUCUUUUUUUUUUCUCCUGUAAAUGAGGAUCUCCUAACCUUUUUUAUAUUCUGCAACCCGCAAAUUGCACGGCUAAGUCUCAUUUCUUACAAAAUAAUAAUGCACUGUUAAUUACUUGAAGAAAUUUUUUUUUAUAAUUUAUAUAUUUUCCUGAGUGUGAGCAACCGAGUUUAGGAAACUUUGCUAUUAUUAUUUAAAAUGAUUGAGAAAAUAUGUAUUUAUUAUUAUUUAAAUAUUUAUUGUAUUUAUUUUUAUUGUAUUAUUAAUUAUUUUUUAUCCUUCUGUGUCCAGCUUAGUUAUAUAGUUUUAAAAUCUAGAAUAUAGAGAACUUGGGGAGGGGGGGGGGGUGUUUCUAACUUACUUCCAUGGAAGUAAUUAAGAGAAAUAAAUGACAUUCGCUCUGAGAAGAAUCCAUACUUUUUGUGUCAUGGUGUAUUGACUUUCUAAGCUUUUAUUUUAACAGCAAAUGUCCAUAGACAGCAUGCACACUCUACCAGGAAAUCUAGAAUAUAGAGAACUUGGGGAGGGGGGGGGGUGUUUCUAACUUACUUCCAUGGAAGUAAUUAAGAGAAAUAAAUGACAUUCGCUCUGAGAAGAAUCCAUACUUUUUGUGUCAUGGUGUAUUGACAUUCUAAGCUUUUAUUUUAACAGCAAAUGUACAUAGACAGCAUGCACACUCUACCAGGAGGACAUUCUACACUUACAGAGAACCACAGCAAUCAGAGGUCAGAGGGUGUCUUAAUAUUUCUGCUUAUUAUACUAGAUGCAUUAAAAUACAAUACAACCAUAAACCUCUAUUCUCAACUACACUUUAUGCCCAUAUUUCGUCUUGAAUAUAUUUACUUGAUACUAAUAUAAAAGUUGUCCAUUAACCUGAAAUGCAGUUACUGACGUUUCAGUCAUAUCUACAGCGGAUGAAUUUAUCAACUUUUAAAAAAAGGGUUUUUAGUUUUUGUUGCUAUUUUUUAAAAAAAGAUUGCAUUUCCCAUUAUCAAAUUAACUUUUGUAUUAUUGCAGAGUGGUUUGACAUUAUUUUUCCAACUGGCCCCAAUCUUGUUGCUUGUUGUGUUAUCCCUACUGAGCAGCUUCCUUGUCAGUGAUUCUGUUUUUAGCUUGCAGAGAACAGAGUAAGCAUUUUCCUGUAUUUUUACUGGUAUAAUUUAUGGAUUUCUUUUACUCAGGGUUUGCACAGUCUUUGAAGGUUUGCAGACCUGGUUACUCUUAUGAUUUUAGCGUACAAUGUACUAAUGUACUAUUUUAGGAGUAUAGAUUGUAUAUUAUACUAUAUGUUUAUUUUUUACUAUAAAUAUAACGUAUUGAACGAUUUUGUGAUGAUGCUGUACAAUUUUAAAAGUUGAAGGGUAAACAGGUCUGGGUUUGAGAAAAGGUUUUAAGGAUUUCCGGGGUCUGGAAAGAUUGAGAAAAGUUACAAAAAACGUCAGUCUUUGAAAGUUUGGGGAGAAUGGUUUUAUAAAAACAUGUUUCCAUUUAACUGUGCGCAUUUCUCAUUGAUCCGUAACCCUGUACGAAAAACACGGUGGUACAUCUUUAUGCAAAUCGAAUUAAUCUUUACAAUUCAGCGACCGCCCAGUAACUGAAACUGUUUUAACUACACGUUCUUUGAUAAAAUUUGUUUGUUUGUUCUUCAUUUUGGAUUUGGUGAAGAAGUCCUGAACAGCCAUGCAAACGGUAAACUACAGUAACUUAAACAUAUUUUAAAUUCACUUAGCGAAGUACACAUUGGAUAAUACAAAUUCGACCUUCUUUUCUAUAAUUAUUUAAUUUAGCUACUAAUUUGACCCAUACAAAUUAUUUUAUCCAGACUUAAGUCUACCAGUUAAUUUUAAUAUGAGAUUAAUUACGCUUUUUGUUUAUUAUAUUUUAGGAAAAAUCACAUUGAGAAUUAGAAAACUGCUUAUUCCUUAAAUUCCUGGAUAUUUAACUCUCGAGCUGUCAUUGACUGUAAAAAUUGGCAGAUAUUUUUGUUCUGUACUGUGGCGGCCGAAAAAAUGGGCAUGACAUUUCUAAAUAGCCAAGACAGCUUCAAUUCUUCCAACGACGCUGCAGAUUCUUUGAAGGCCAUGUUUACUACUUGUGAAAUAGCACAACAGUUCGCAUGUGCUGAGAGGAGGUCUGCAUAUCUCAGCAUUUUUAGCAUAGUACUCUACUUAGCUGGUGUGCUUUAAAAGAAUAUGAGCAGCUUCUGCUUAUGUUCAAUGCAACAAUGAAAGAAAAGCAAAUGAAUAUUUAUGUUCACAUAUGGGAUAUUAUCACAGACCUUGGACGUCCAAGAUUUUUUUUUUACCUCUGUUGAAAGAUGGCCCUCAUUGAAUUGGCAACCAUUUCACAUGUUAGAAGAAAAAACACUGAACAAUCCGGCACAUUUAAGCUGUUAAAGAUUGGGUAUUGUGGGUUGCAUCUUUUAGACAAUGCUUUGCUUAAUGGAGAACUGCAGCCUCCUGGUACAUAGAAAAUAUGCUUAUGUUUAACCUACUUCAUGAUAGUUCUGCUUUAUGACCAUCACAGAUACUGCUGUAUUUCCAACAAACUAUUGCAAGCACUGGUAAGAUUUAAACACUUCUGAUUUAUGAAGCUGUUGUGAUGUUCCAUUUUAUUAAAGUAAUUUAGAAAACAGAUUUAGUAUCUGGUUUCCAUAUGUAAUAUUUAAAUAAUCGCAUUCUAAUAAAGUUUUUAUUAAUUGCAGAUGGCUUGAAAAUAUUGCACCAGCUGAAAGAGCUAUCCUGAUGAUACCAAAUAUUGAGCCAGCUGAAAGAGCUCUCCUGAUGAUACCAAAUAUUAAGCCAGCUGAAAGAGCUAUCCUGUUGAUACACAAUCUGUAGAUUUAUGUAAAGGCUGUGCCAGCUGAGAGAGCUCUCCUGAUAAUACACAAUCUGUAAAUCUAAGUGAAGGCUGUGCCAGCUGGUAGAUCUAUGUGAAGGCUGUUAAAAGCAAACCCCUUCCUGAUCCCUCUUGCCAAUCCUUUCAGGAGUCUGCUGCACCUUAGAAUAUCCUCUCUUAAAGGCAUAGCUGCACUUCUUCAUGUGGUUGCAACCAUUUCUCAAGUUGUACCAGACAACCCUAUGCAGACACUUUUGGCAACAGACCUGGGAAGCUUGGUUCCGUCUCUUAAGUCAAGACUUAUCAAACCAGAUUUAAUAUUGGAUGGCCAAAUCUGUCACAGCUAUAUCAAGUUCAUAUUUUUAGAGAGAAAUAAUCACAUGGAUACCAGCAAAAUAGAUGGAAGCAAAACAAGUUGAAGAGUUUAAGUGCAACACCAUCUUGGCUCAAAAUAUUUUGUUUCCAUCAUCACAGCCAGUUCACUAGAAAACAGAAAUUUCUUCCUUUCUGUAGGCAAGGUUGAUGAAUUUUUCUAUCAACUGUCCACAAUAAAAUGGAGCUUUCUGGGCCAAGGGUUAUUGUUCAGAAACUCCUUUUGUUAGUUAUCACAUAGCCAGGCGACAGUAGAAUGAGGGUUCUCUGUGAAUAAAGAAGUCACUGUUGAAAUUUAAACAGUGAGAGUCUGGGGGAUCUUAUAAGAGCUGUUGACUUUCACCUCAUCAGCAAGGAUGAAAUAAACUUUAUAUCUGGAAAAGCAGAAAUUCUACUCGAGUCCAAAAAAAAAAUAAUAAAGCUUGAGAUAGAUGAAGUGCAGGAAUUGAAAUUUAAAAAAUAAGCUUGGAAGCAGAUGUAGCCAGUUUAGUUGCCAUUAGCGAAUGGCAAGGCCAAGGAGGCUGAGCUUAAAAAGAGACUUCUCUUUUAUCUGCACUUCAAAUACAUUAUGAGAAAAGGCAUCAGAUAAGGAUGAUGAUUCUUCAUGAUUACUAAAUUUCUGGGACUAAUGAUUCAUCAUGAUUUCUAUGUUUCUGGGACUAAUGAUUCAUCAUGAUUUCUAUAUUUCUGGGACUAAUGAUUCAUCAUGAUUUCUAUGUUUCUGGGACUAAUGAUUCAUCAUGAUUUCUAUGUUUCAACUAUUGAUUCAAACAACAAAUUAUUUUUGAAUACCAAGCUGACUUAAAUGUAUAGAAAAACAUUGUACCUACUUUCAGUUGUGUUAUAUUUUAAGAAACUAAAGGAUAUAUCUACAAGGAUGAGCUGGCUAUUAAUAUUAUGUAUAUAUUGUAUAUAGUUUAUUGUGAUAAAGAAUUUUGUAUCUAUGCUAUAAUUGGGUGAGAUUGUCAUUUUUCUCUCUUUAGAAUAUGAAAAUAAAUAGGUCAUCAAAUUAUAAAAUAAGGCAUUUGAAGGUUUGAGACGAAGUCUGUGUGAAACAUGUUUACUCUACUUUAUGGUUACCAUGUCCUUACAUAGUUUGCAAAGGAAACCCUAUCUAUUACAAUAAUAUUUAAUCCCACCGUUUCUCUUUCGUUGAAUAUUUUUACUAAAAGAAAACACUAUAAAAUAACCACAUGAUGAAUAAGCUGUGUGUUGGUGACGAAAUUAUGUUUAAUAAUUAGAUUAUUCUUAAUAACAUUUCUAUAAAACAAUAUUGACAUCUUAGAUAAUGUACUAAACAUGUUAGAUAAAUUGUUAUCAUCGUUAAGUCAAAGAUGUGUUUCAGAAAUAUUUUCGGUCGUGUAAUUUCUUGCUUGAUGAAAUCUUUCAUUUAAACGCCCUGAAUUUUAUUGUAGCAAAUACACAGUGGAAAUGAAAACCUCCAAUUUGAAAGUGACAUAUUACGUUAAAGAAGAUUUUCGGCCAGAGUUCAAGUCCGAUCUUCGUAGGAUAGAGAGAGCAGUGGAAGAAGAGCACAUAGGGCAGCUACGAAGUAAUUGUUUUAGGGAGAGAAAUUACAGUAAGUUUUUUGUCAUUAAUUUUCCCCAUGCUUUUUUGAAGUUUUUAUAUACCAACUAGCACAGUGCUCUAUGAUGGCAUGUUUCACAAACCAACUUAGCACGGUGCUCUAUGAUGACAUGUUUCACAAACCAACUUAGCACAGGGGAUGGCAUGUUUCACAAACUAAUUUAGCACAGUGCUCUACGAUGUCAUGUUUCACAAGUUUGAUGAAAUUUGGCUUAGCACAUUUAUAAUUUCCCCCUUUUAACCACUUUUAAGGGCUGAUAAAAGUUUAUUUGUUAUAUUGACAUAUUUUUUUUUUGCAUUUUUAUCUGUGUUGAUUUCAGCUUUAACUUAACCAAAUGAUUUGAUAUAUCAUAUUUUCCAUUCCUUUAUUACAGAAGAAAAUAUGAUGUGGAGGGCAAGGAAUUAUGGAGAUGCAAAAUUGUACCAGAGGGCUGUGGAUAUGGCUACACCAGCUUGUGAUAAUUUACAGAAAGUCUAUUCAUGAUUGGCAUAGUGUGUUUGUGGAUGGAUUUUGCCUUUAUUUACACAUUAUUUUUCUGUGUAUUUUACCUCUCCUGGUUGUAUGUGAGUUGAGAGCACUAGAAGAUGUUUAUAUUGUUGAUGCUUGCACUUUUGGUGAAACUGUCAUUUUUAAUGGGCGAGUGAUGAACACAACAGAGUUUUAAUCUUAACACUAUUGGUGUGCUUAGAUAUUGUAAAUAAUCUUUGUAAAUGUACAAAAGAAAUGUGUGAAAGUUUAUAGCAAGUUUCUGUCUGUUACCAAGAUUUGUUUGUGAGAUAGGGAUUAAUUUAUCUUUACUGUGUUAUAUACAGGUGGCUUUUUUUUCCUUUUGUAGAUAUUUUUGUUGUAAACAGAACUUUGCACUCAGUAAGCAUAAUGACACUGUUACUGUUAAUAGUGUUGUUUACCCUACCAUCACAGUAAUAUGGGAUGUAAUCUAUUAGUUCACUCUCUUCAUUGAAAACUACCAAUAUACUUCUAAUGUUUGCUGAUCGUAAAAUGCAAGCAUUUAGGAGCAGAAAUUCUGAGGCCACUUUUUAUUGCAUCGGUGCACGUUAAAAUGAUGAAAUAAUUAUUGAGACCUGUAAUUAUCGUCAUGGUUAUUUAUUAUGAUUAUUUUUUUCUUAUGUUGAGAGCUUAUUUUUUCUUACAAUAUUUAGAUGAUGUUUGUCCAAAAGUGGGCUCAAACAUAAAUUGCUGUCAAUGAUUAAAAAAUCAGACUUUCAUUUUUAAAUGCCAGCAAUUUGCUUUGCAAGCUGUGAAUCUGAUACUGUGAACAGAUAAAAGAAAUAUUAUAUUACAAUGAUUUGAGGCUUAUCAGAGGUUGCAUGUAAAUAAAUAAACAUGUCAAAAGUUGGCAACUCCAGUAUGGUCACAUUUAUAAAUAAACAGUAUCUUCUGUCUUUACUCUCAAUGUAAUUUAACUAAGUCCAAACUUAUUGAUUGAACUUAGUACAAACUUGUUGAUUGAACUCAGUACAAACGUAUUGAUUGAACUCAGUCCAAACUUAUUGGAAUUCUAUAGGCUUCUUUAUUUUUACUAUGUAAAUUACAUUUUUAAAUGCAUUUUGUUCACAAUGCAUUCUUGUCAAGUGAUGUAUGGCCUGUUAAAUGAUAUAUAGGGAUAGAGAUAACACUUCAGGUAAUUGAUUACAACUAAGAAUCUCAGGCAUUUAAUUAGGACCUUUAUCUUGUCAUGGUCACUUAAUCCUAUUUGUAUGAUGUUUUUUAAAUAGAAAUAUUAAUUCAAAGUCAAAUAUUUUAUUUGAAAUAAAAAAUUCAUUUACUGAUGAACUGAAGUUUGCAAUGGACUCUACGAAUAUAUAUUAUGUAAUUCAUCAGUCGAAGUCUAGGAAAAAACAACCUGAGAAUAAAGGCUGGCUUAUGUCUUAAAGCAAAGCACUACUUUCAUUUUAAACUGAGAAAAUUAUUUAUGCUAUUUGAUAAUUCCUACACACUCGACUCUUUAGAUAUGAAUGUCUCUUGUUAAAUGGACUUUAAAUUUCCUAGACUGAUAGUUGUGUUGUUUUGGUUCUCAGACUUUUGGGGACUUGUUCAUUUUAAAAGUAGCCAUUUUGAGAAAACAGUUCAUGUAAAGACUUCAUAUUAAGAACCAUUGCUCUACAACAAGGUGUUCCAACUCUUGUCCCUGUGUUCUACAUCAAAAUUGUCUUAUCCCUUGAAAUUAUUUUUUGAAUGAGUUUGCUAGGUAGGACACAUGAAACAAAAGUUGGACCACCUGACUCAAUUGUGAAAAGGGGCUUUCACUGGUUCCAUUUACUGAAUGUUUACAUUAAUUUAUGCUUGUUAAUUAUUAUUUUUUCCCUUCAUUUUAAAGAAUGAUUGAGCCAUCCCCCUAUUUCAUUCAAUCUCUCCCACCUGGAAGUGAAACUAAGGAAAAGAAAAGUUUAAAAAAUUGUAAACUGAUCAGUACUAAAAAUUAACUUCUGUGCUAAAUUUGAUAUAUCUUUUUUUGCAAAAUAAUGUAUAACUGCAUGUUAUACAUGUUGAUAGUUUUAACCAAUUUUUAAACCUGCAAAUAGUCACGAGAAAAAAAGUGAAAUGAUCCUCAGUUGUGUUAAACUAGCAAAUCCUUUGUUAACAAUGAACACAACCAGUAAAAUUGUUUUUUUAUAAUUGACAA